AACCUUGAGACAAGAGGAUGCUCCUUUCUCAAACCCGCUGCCAUCUCAGUGGUGGAAAUGUUGGAGUUGGGGAGGGUCGACUUUGAGGUGACAUUGACGCUAUGUAGAUGAGAGUGAGGAUCCUGCGCUCCAUGUUACGUCCCUGCUCGCUUCAACUCAGACGGCGGCAGCUCCUUUCCCCGUCUUCUCUCCCCUCCUCUCUUUCAGCACCACUCCUUUCAGGACAGCACCUCGCGCUCAAAGACGCAUUUGGUCGACAUCAUCCCCUCUCAGGAUCAUAUAUUUGCUCGCUGUCGUCGGAUGCAAAGUUUCCCCUUGGUGUUCUUCUGUAAAAGUGCAAGGAAGUAACUUUUUUUUUUAAAUUGGAUUUUUCCCAUCGGGGAAACAAUCUGGAAAAGAAAAGGAUUUCAUUGUUGCUGGACCGCUGCUGAGCUGCUCCUGAUCACUCAUUACACCGAUCAUUCGUCUCCACUCGGCACUUGGCUGGGAGCUGGGUGAACAGGGCGCAGAAGCUGCUGCCUGGACCGGUGCUGAAACCCUUCCUCUCCACUGGUCAGGACUAUCCGAAACGCACAGUAACCAUGGCCACCAACGGGACCAAAGCCUCAGACGGACACGUCUUAACGGAGACGGUGAAUGACGCACCCACCACCACGCCGAACGACAAACCCAAAACCUUGGUGGUGAAAGUGCAGAAGACAAAAAAUGAGAUACCCGAGAGAGAAACGUGGGUCGGGAGAUUUGACUUUCUUCUCUCUUGUGUGGGAUACGCAAUCGGACUCGGAAAUGUCUGGAGAUUUCCUUAUUUAUGUGGAAAAAACGGAGGAGGGGCCUUCUUGAUUCCCUACUUUUUGACCCUCAUAUUUGCUGGCAUGCCCUUGUUCCUUCUGGAGACGGCUCUUGGUCAGUACACUUCUAUUGGAGGGCUUGGAGUGUGGAAGCUGGCUCCUAUGUUCAAAGGUGUUGGUCUGGCUGCUGCUGUUCUGUCCUUCUGGUUAAAUAUAUAUUACAUUGUAAUCAUUUCCUGGGCUAUUUACUAUCUGUACAACUCCUUCACUAGUGAUCUGCCAUGGCAGACGUGCGGCAAUUCCUGGAACACAGAGCGCUGCUUCACCAACUACAGUAUCACAGACACCAAAAACCUCACCAGCGCUGUGGUGGAGUUCUGGGAACGUAACAUGCACCAGAUGACCGAUGGUCUGGAGAAGCCUGGAGAGAUUAGGAUUCCACUGGCUAUCACACUCGCCAUUGCAUGGGUGCUUGUCUAUUUCUGUAUCUGGAAGGGGGUCAGCUGGACUGGCAAAGUGGUGUACUUCUCAGCCACGUACCCAUACUUUAUGCUGUUCAUCCUGUUUUGCCGUGGCGUCACUCUACCUGGUGCAAUUGAUGGAAUCCUCUUUUAUAUCACACCAGACUUUCAAAAACUGAAGGAGUCUGAGGUGUGGCUGGAUGCUGCCACUCAGAUCUUCUUUUCCUACGGGCUGGGAUUGGGCUCUCUGAUUGCUCUUGGCAGCUACAAUCCCUUCAAUAAUAAUGUGUACAGAGAUUCUAUUAUUGUCUGCUGCAUCAACUCCUUCACCAGCAUGUUUGCUGGCUUUGUCAUCUUCUCCAUCGUGGGAUUCAUGUCCAAUGUAACAAAGAGACCCAUCGCUGAUGUGGCCGCCUCAGGACCUGGUCUGGCAUUUUUGGCUUAUCCUGAGGCUGUGACCCAGCUGCCCAUCUCUCCUCUCUGGGCCAUACUCUUUUUCUCUAUGCUGCUGAUGCUGGGAAUCGACAGUCAGUUCUGCACUGUGGAAGGCUUCAUUACCGCGCUGGUUGAUGAAUUCCCUCACAUUCUCCGAAAACGCAGAGAGAUCUUCAUUGCAAUUGUCUGCCUUAUUUCUUACAUCAUUGGAUUGUCCAACAUCACCCAGGGUGGACUGUACGUGUUCAAGCUAUUUGACUACUACUCAGCUAGUGGAAUGUGCCUGCUCUUCUUGGUCUUCUUUGAGUGCAUCUCAAUUUCAUGGUUUUAUGGUGCAAACAAAUUCUAUGACAACAUUGAGGAAAUGAUUGGUUACAGGCCCUGUCUGUGGUGGAAGGCCUGCUGGGUUGUUUUCACUCCACUCAUUGUGGCUGGAGUCUUCUUGUUUAGUGCAGUGCAGAUGGUUCCCCUCACCUUGGGUGAAUAUGUGUUCCCAGCCUGGGGCCAAGGGGUUGGGUGGUGCAUGGCCCUCUCCUCCAUGACACUGAUCCCUGGCUAUAUGGGCUACAUGUUCCUCACCCUCAAAGGCACAUACAAAGAGCGCCUGCGGAUUAUGUUGAAGCCUUUGGCACUGGCAAAGGCACAGGAAAAUGCCGCAGACCAGCAGACAGAAAACCAGAAUCAGAACCCUGUCAACGAGGAAGCCUACAUCUAGAAAAUUCCGCCUGUCUCUCUGUCUCAACGGCCAGACUGGCGAUCUACACAGAAAAAACAUAAUCAAGGUUUGGAACGACCACCAGACUUUCAUGUCUGCUUUUAUUCACCUACCUCCUGGGGACACGUGAGACCAACCUGAUUACAGUUAUUUGUAGAGGUUUUUCUGUUUGUUUGUGUAUUUGUAUAAUACAGAGUUAAACUUAUGAGGAAAAACAAACCACCCAGCAAAAUUGUUGUGAUAUUUUGAAUUUCAUUAUGCAAAAAAGUUAGUCUUUUUAGAAAAAGAUAUGUGACUUAGGAAAUUACUGUAUAUUGAUUAUGUAAUUUAAAUUUCGAGGCCCGCGUUGAUUCAAUAGUAUUGUGCUACUUUGAAGAUAUUCAUUAAUCUACUAAAAUACAAUUAUUGUACAAAGAAAAAUAUUGGUUAAAUGCAUUUUGCUUGUACAUGAAAUAAAUAUAUUAAAAUGAAUGCAGUGUAGUAGGUGAUAAAAAAUGCCAUUUGAAAGUUUGUAAAGUGAAAAUUUAAUAUUGACCAUUUCAUGGCAAAGACAUUAUGGUAAUGUGCAACAGGUAAGGCCAAAAUCUGUUUGUAUGUGUACAAUAUAAUUUAGCCAGCUAUCACUCCCUUGCAGGAUUCUGCAGUUCGCCUGAAAUGUUUACCACCCAUGUGUGGGGCUACCUUUUGAAAAGCACAAUAUGGACUUUUGAAAUGGUCAACUUUUUUUUGGCUCGAUUGACACUAGUGACAACAGCAAAAACAACUUACAUAGGAUUAGCAAGAGACUGUUAUAUUUGUUUAUACUAUGUUUUCUAAAGAACAAUAACUUUGUAUGUUACCUGAAUCUUUUUUGUAGAAUCAUUUUUAGGUCAUUUUUUUAUAUGUGAGAGUAAGAAGGACCAAAAUCAUACUUACGUUAGAAAGAUUGGUGCAGACAUUUCACCCACUGAUUAUAUAUUGAUUCAAUCAAUCUCCUUUUGUCUCUUUUAAGAGCAACAGCGCACAGUAAAGCUGUAGCCAUUACAACAAAUGCCACAUUAGCAUUGUGCGUACAACAUUUCAUAUUUCUGCCUCCUGAUAACCAGUUAAGUUGAAAAAGAGAGUUGUGUUGCAAUAAGCCCAUACUAAUUCAGAUCUAUAUUUUA